UUCAUACGAGUAUAUCUGAUAAUGUGUUGAUUGAUUCAUUGAUGAUGUCCCAAUAACAUUUUUUGGAUAAUAAAGUACAUAAAUCAAGAUAUAUCGUUUCAAAUGUAACUUUGUUUUUACUGUUUGAUUAACGAUUUAUAAUUAUAGAAUUAAGUGUAAACAAAUUGCAGUGUCAAAAUGCCUAGUAAACGGAAAAAAUACAACGCUCGAUUUCCAGCAGGACGAAUAAAGAAAAUUAUGCAAACUGACGAAGAAGUAGGAAAAGUUGCUCAAGCAGUACCGAUUAUAAUUUCUAGGACGCUAGAAUUAUUUGUACAUUCGUUGUUAACGAAAACAAUGCAAGUCACAAAUUCCAAAAAUGCUAAAACAUUGAGUCCAUCUCAUAUGAAACAAUGUAUUUUAUCGGAAAAUCGUUUUGAUUUUCUAAAGGAUUUAGUAAAAGGUCUUCCGGAUGUAUCGGGUCUUGAUGAAGACGCUCCAACUCCACCAUUGACACCCGCCCCAGUUGGUGCUAAUUCAGGAAACAUGGGAUGUCCAUCUUUAGUGAAAACCCCCGACACCGAAUUUCAAUUGGAGAAAAAUUACAAUACAUCCUCAUGUCGAAUGUCCAAGGAUUUUAAAGGAUUGGGAAAUUCAAGUCAUUUGACAGAUAUGUCAAUUGUCCCGGAAUUUCAAAUAACAACACCAGCAUCAUUUGGCGUUCCUCAACCAAAUUUUUAUACGGAACUAAAACCAAUGAAUUUGGUUGCAAAUCCAUCAAAAUUAAGCGAUACUAAUCAGGCAAUACCAAAUUUCAGUCACACUGCCAACAUUGAUGAAGAUUACGAUACGUAGUAAGAUUUUUUUUAUUUAAACAAUCUAAUUCUUAGUUAGAUAUAAAAAAAAAGAAAGAAAGAAAAAAUAUUGUGUCCAUAUUGCUCUAUUUAAGUCUGACAUUUUAGUCAGUAUUCUUAAUAAGUCAAGUUUGAGUGAUUGAAUAAUGUUUAAAUAUUUGAUGUCAAAUCAUGAAUUUUACUUUAACAUACAAUUUAUAAUCAUCAUAUUCA